GCUGCAGUGCGUCGUCAUGUCAGUCAUGAAUGGGACUCACAACACCACCCCCUCGUUCAUCCUGGUGGGCCUGCCUGGCCUCGAGGUGGCCCACUUCUGGCUGGCCUUCCCCCUGUGUGCCAUGUACCUCGUGGCUGUGGUGGGCAACUGCGCUGUGGUGCUGGUUGUGAAGGCUGAGCCCGCCCUCCAUUUGCCCAUGUACUUCUUCCUCUGCAUGCUGGCGGCCCUGGACCUGGCGCUCUCCACCUGCACCAUGCCCCAGCUCCUUUCCCUCUUCUGGUUUGAUGCCAAGGAGAUCAGCUACAGGGCCUGCCUCUUCCAAAUGUUCUUCAUCCACACCCUUUCUGGCAUUGAGUCCACCAUCCUCCUGGCCAUGGCGGUGGAUCGAUACGUGGCCAUAUGCCGCCCCCUGCAGCACUCGGCCAUCUUCACCAACUCGGUGACAGCAAAGAUUGGCGUAGCGGCUGUGGUGAGAGGGGUCGUCUUCUUCCUUCCUCCUCCCUUGCUCAUAAUCCGCCUGACUUUCUGUGGCUCCAAGGUGCUCACGCAUUCCUACUGCGUACACCAAGACGUUAUGCACCUUGCUUGUGGCCACACGAUGCCCAACGUUGUCUAUGGGUUGACCGCCAUCCUCCUGGUGAUGGGCCUGGACUCUCUGCUCAUCUUUGUGUCCUACGUGAUGAUCAUCAGGACAGUCCUGCAGUUGGCAUCAAGGCAAGAGCGCCUCAAGGCCUCUGGGACCUGUGUAGCCCACGUGUGUGUGGUCCUGGCCUUCUACGUGCCCCUGAUUGGGCUCUCCGUAGUGCACAGGUUUGGGCAAGGCCUGCCUCGCCUGGUUCACGUCACGAUGGGCAACGUUUACCUCCUCGUGCCCCCUGUGCUGAACCCCAUUGUCUACGGGGCCAGGACCAAAGAGAUACGGCAAAGGGCCCUGAAUAUACUGAGGAUAAGGAAGGACUGA